AUGGCUAUGGACAAUACAUCUUUGAUAACUUCUCCUUCUGCCACUGUGGAUACCCCCACUCCUUCUAGCAUAGAGUGCUCUCCUCAGGCUGCUGCUAAUCAAGCUCUUAUGGUUACUUCAAGAAUAGUUCUGAUGUCUCUAGGUCAUGGUUUAUCGGACAUUUUGAAACUUUCUGGUGAAAAUUAUACGAGUUGGUAUGAGGAUCUGGAUGUGUAUCUAUGCCUUAGGGAUCUAGAUCUUUGUUUAAGAGAGCCCAAGCCUACAACACUCACUCCUGACAGUACUCAGGCAGAGAAAAUAGAACUUGAGAAGUGGGAAGCUGCAAAUAGAAAAUGUCUGAAGGUCAUCAAGCAUGCUAUCCCUCCGACCUUGAAGGAUAGCAUCGCAGUGAAAGAUAUUGCCAUAGAAUUUUUGGAAGCUAUUAGAGUUAAAUUUGAGUCUUCCAAGAAGGCUCAAUCAGGUGACUUGAUGAGCAAACUGACCAAUGCAAAGUUUGAUGGGAAUGGUAGUACCAGGGAGCACCUUCUGGGACUUGUUUCUUUAGGAAACAAGCUAAGGGAGUUAGAGAUUAACUUUGAUGAUGACUUCCUAGUUAAUAUUGCACUCAAUUCACUCCCAGAGUAG